GCGCCUCCUGUGUCUUCGCCCGGUUGCUCUGCGAAGACCCCCCUCACCACAGCCAUCGUGUUCGUCCCCCGCAUCGUCCGAAGAAUGGCCUUCUCGGCCGCCAGGCCAAGCGUGGUCCCGCAGGAGCAGCUCGAGAGCUUCCAGCAGCACCUGAACAAGUCGACACGCAUCCUCGCCCUGCUGGGUGCAGGCCUCUCAGCUUCGUCCGGUCUGCCGACGUUUCGAGGGGCCGGCGGCCUGUGGAGGACUCACGAUGCGACGUCAUUGGCGACCCCAGAGGCCUUUGAGCGCGACCCGGCACUCGUGUGGCAGUUCUACAGCUACCGGCGGCACAUGGCACUCCAGGCCAAGCCCAAUGCCGCCCACUAUGCGCUUGCCGAGCUGGCGCGGAAGAGGGACGGCUUCGUCACGCUGAGCCAGAACGUCGAUGGCCUGUCUCCCCGCGCCCAGCAUCCCCCCGACCAGCUCAAGCUCCUGCACGGCUCCCUCUUCGACGUCAAGUGCUCCGACUUCUUCUGCACCUACUUUGAACGGAACAACUUCACCGACCCCAUUGUGCCCGCCCUCGCCAUCCCCAACGACGACUCUGACCCCACUGAGGAUUCUGCCCGAGCUGCCCGCGAGCUCGACAUCUCAGACAUCAACGUCGACCUCCCGGAGCUCGACUACGCACAUCUCCCACGCUGUCCCGAAUGCAAGCGCGGCUUGCUGCGUCCUGGCGUCGUCUGGUUCGGCGAGGCAUUGCCCGGAUCCGUCAUUGACGACGUGGAUGCCUUCAUCUCGGACAAACGAGGCAUCGACCUCAUCAUGGUCAUUGGCACAUCGGCAAAGGUCUAUCCCGCUGCUGGAUACGUCGACCAUGCCCGCAUCAAGGGCGCAAGGGUUGCCAUCAUCAACAUGGAUCCAAACGAUGUACCCGCUAGUGGUCUGAAACAAGGCGAUUGGUUUUUCCAAGGUGAUGCAGCCCAGAUUGUGCCGGAGCUGUUGAGGAGCGUCAUCGGCGAUAUUGACCCGGAAACCAUGAUUGAUGCUGCCGACGAGUCGUGAAUGCAGUCGUGCGAAGAAAAAAGCUUGCUACAAGGUAAACCGAGUAGCGUGUCUUUUCUUGGAGUUUGCUGGAUGCUGCAUGGGUGCUUGAUGAGCGGCGUUUAUCUUUUGACUGGAUACAUCGGCGUUGACAUGAUCAUUUUUUAUAUGACUAGAAAUGAAUCAAACGGAAUGCAUAUCCCACUGCAGCAGGUUAGAGUCAUG